CAUAAUUAUAGUAACCAUGGAAGCGAAUGCUUCUGCCGAUGAGUACGAACAUACCGUAGCGGACGUUAUGUAUGUAGUAAAUAAUAUACCAGGACCUGGGAUAGAUGUAGCAGACUUUGAAGCGGAAUACGUGGUGGGUUGUUCGUGUGUGACUGAAUGCUACAAUUGUUCGUGUACACGCGGUUCUGCUAAUUAUUCUAACGAUCGAAUCGUACAUGAGAAACUAACCGGUCCGGUAUUUGAAUGCCAUGCUCGUUGCAAGUGUGGGCCAAAUUGUGGAAAUAGAUUAGUUCAAAAUGGGCCGUUAAAUUGUUUACUUAUCAGAGAAGUCGCCAACAAAGGUCUCGGUCUUUUCACGAAUAAAUUAAUAAAGAAGGGUCAAUUUAUUUGCGAAUACGCUGGUGAAGUGAUAGGACUGCAGGAAGCACGACGUAGAAUUGAAAUUAAUAAGGAGCGUAACACGAUGAAUUACGUUCUUGUAGUAUCGGAACACGCUGACGAUCGUGUUACUGUAACUUGUAUAGAUCCGAAAUAUUUUGGUAAUAUUGGACGCUAUGCCAAUCAUAGCUGUGACCCGAACUCUAUUCUUGUCCCGGUCAGGGUGGAGGGAAUCGUACCUCGAUUAUGCCUGUUUGCAUCUAGAGAUAUAGAGAAUGCAGAGGAAGUGACUUUUGACUACGCUGGUGGUGCGAUGGUUAAUUCCGUCCAUUGUCUCAGUGAUACUCCUUGUCUUUGUGGUUCUAACAAUUGUUAUCGUUAUUUACCACAUAAUCAGAUUUAACAGCUUACAUAUAUUCUUGUGCAAAAUAUUAUAAUAAAAAAAAGAUUAAAGGCUACAGAUUCAAAAUUAAUAUCAAAGGAUUUAAUAUGAAUUGAAUCUUCUGUAAGCAAAAAAAAAACUAUAAAGCAAAAUUAAACUAUGUGCAUCAAAACUUGAUAUCAUAAGAAUCAAAGAAAACAUCAUAGAUUUAAAUCAUUAUAAUCAAGUAUAAUUAUGUGACACAUGUGUAAGUGUGACAAAUAACGAACUUAUUUCUCUAUAAUUUUUAGAGAAAUAUAAGUAUAUAUAAGUAUAUAUAUUAUAUAUAUAAAAUAUACAAUAUAUAUGGAAGGCAUAUUUUAUACAUGUAUAUAAAAUAUGCCUUCACAAUUUAAUUACUGUCAGUUAUAUCUCAGUUGUUUUCCUUGCAUUGAUUAAUGCUUCUCUCCAAUGAAUCAAUGUUUUCAUUUAUUAGUAUAGAGGAGGUAGGAACCCCUCCAGGUAGAAGCGAGACGUGCUGUACAUAUCAUGUGGUCCAAUGAUAUUUGAUGUUUAGGUACCCUCUGUUACUUGAUAUUUUAUGUUAUAAACCGAAUAUUUUACUAUUUCUGCUUCUAUUACAUUUUAUUAUUGUUACUUAUUAAUAAAAUAUUAAUAAGUAACAAUAAUAAUAAAUAUUAAUAAGAUUAAAAAAUGAAAGAAACAUGACGAUAAUGUUUGUUGUUCAUUGUUAUAAUUAAUUUUUCAGCAAAUUAUUUAAUGUGCCAACACGUUUUAUACACGUUUUAUUUAUCCAAUCAUCAGAAUUUAGUUAAAGCUCUAUUAAGGGUCGGUUGUUCCAACUUUGUUUAUCUUUGUUUAUCCUUUACAUUAGACAAAGAUGGACAUAUGAUUUAACUAUUAGUUAGCUUACCAACAGGUUGAAAUAACCGACCUUUAAACAAUGAAAUUUAGUAUAAUAUAUUAGACGUUACAUUGAACAAUUCUAAAUAAGUAUUAAAUAAUAAGAUCAAUACAGUGUUCAAGAAAGUAAAUGUUACCAAAAUUGCGAAUGCUGGUAAACAUUUUACAGCAGCUGCCAUUUUUUUAAAUAUUAAAAACAAUGAAUGAACAAUGAGAAUCGAACGUUUCGUCAGUUAUAGUUAUAGUAUUAUAAUUAUAUUUAAUAUUAAAAAUUGUUAUGAUAAAAAUGUUUGGAGCAUGUAACAUCAUGUCAUGGCUUCUAAAAAUUAUAGAUUAUUGUAAGGUCAAUUAUCAUGCAUAUAUCAGUGCUAAAAUAUGCAUAUACAUAACUGCGGAAAAAUAACGGUAACAAUUUGGUUUAGAUAUGAUUGAUUAUAAAUUUAUAUAAGUAUAUAAAAUAUAAAACAUAUUUUUCUUUUUAACAGUUUGGAUAUUUUACUAGGAAAGAUUAAUGUUCGUCAAUUAAUUUAUAAUUGUCAAUAAAGAAUAUAAGCUCUCAGUAACUACCUAUAAUUUACAUGUAUAAACGAAAAAUUUGUAAAAACAGAUUUUUAAUAAUCAAUCAACAAUUAAUGUUAUAUAUGUUCUUAUUCAGAAAAUGAAGUAUGAUUUUUUGGGUCAGUAUUGUCUGAUGUAUAUCAUACAUUCUAAAUUAUAUUUAAGGGAUAUCGUUUAUAAUAUUUGGGUAUUAGGUAUAAUGUUCGUAUGACUGUGUAAAUAGUUAAGGAACUUAUAGAUGAAAUAUGAUUAUAAUUUUAAAAAGUUUUGCGUAUGAAACUCGUUUUUCAAACGAACGAUUUAAGCUAUUUAUAUUUUAUUAGGAGAGUAUCACAUAUUAUUCUUGCAUAUUUAAAAUUUAUAUUUUUAUUCUAAAAAUAUAAAACAGCCUUGUUUGUAAUUGCUUGUGAUUAGCUUCAACGAUACCUGAACCUGAACUUUUGCGGUAUAAUUAAUUUUCUAUACUUGAGUAGUCCUCAAUCCAUUGACGAAAUUAUGUAAACUUUAGUCUAUAAGAUAUACAAAGUUAAAUAUUCUGGUGAUAAUUAUAAAAAUUAUAAAAAUAAAAGUUGUGAAAAAUAAAUAAA